CAGCCACAGAGAUUUCCUCCAUUCAUCAGUUUGCGUCCACUCGUCGGAUCUCGCGAAAAAAAAAUCGUAAAAGAGGCCGCCGCGAGAAGAAGCUGCUGCUGCUGGUGCAAAAAUGUCUUUGCCUCUUGGGAACAACAAAGCAUCGUCAUAAGCUGUGCCAGAAACGCUGACGGUUUGUGUCGUGCGCCGAAGAAAAACAGGAAAAAACUGUGCAGGUGAUUGCAAGAGCUUGGAAUAAAAAUUCAGCCUCCCAGUGCCGUGUCGCGUUCCUCCGGAAGUUAGUCCGUCGUCGACGUCGCCGUCGCCGCCCGCGUCUCUCCAGUGAACAACCCUCGAGGAUUGUGUGUGUGUGGCCAGUUGCCCAGUUCCAGCAGAGAAGAAAAGUUGGAAGAAAGCUGCAGGAUUCCGGAGCAAAACAUCCCGAGGGAAAUUUAGAGUGCACGAGUGCAGGAACGUCCGGAUUCAAACGGAAUUUACUACGUGCUGGAGCACGUACAAAGUUAAUUCAAUUCGGAAACGAGGUCAACCUUAGAAAAAAUAAAAAAUAAAGGACCCAAUUUUGCGGUGCUCGAUAACGACCAAACCCCGGCGCGCUUGCUGCCUGUCCAGCAUCCCCACUUGAAAGCGGUGGUGACCACAGAAUCUGCUCUUCCGUUUUUUUUCUCGCCCCCUUCCGGAAACCGAACGCACAACCGCAGCUCGAAAAAAAUCGCUUAUUCGUUGUUUUGUAGGGAAGAUUAUUUAAACUUUAAAAAGUGCUUGAUUCUAGGCCAUACCCGGGGCGGAUCCAGUGCCAAAUUUUACCGCUUAAGAUUGUACAGAACAAGUUACUUAGCGCUACCUUGGAGGGAGAGAGUGUACUAGUCAAACUAAAGAUCUUUAGAUAUUUUUUUAUACAUUUAGGCAAACAAGAACGCAACACGAAAUUCUGAUUUUCUCCAGUUUUGUAACGUAACGAAAUUUUUUUUCCGAUAUUAGUCACCGACCCCAGGGAAGAAGGCACAAACGAGAGAUUUGGCAAGCUGCUGCUUUUUAUCAGAUUAGACUCGACGCGAUUAGGCAGAGAAAGUGCGAUAAGAGAAGAGAUAAGCCAAAAGUAGAACGUAGAGAGUUGCAUUUGCAUGAAAUAAAAAAGAGUGAUACGAAAGGAAACGGGAAGAACCAUGCUCGACGACCUAAUUUUUGCGCUGUAGAAGCUCUGCGUGUGUGUGUGUGUGUCUCGAUAGGAUAACAAAGUUUAGAAUCUGCUAGAAGUUAGACGAGAACAAAAAAUGGGCAACAAAAACUCGUGCUGUUCGUACUCGAGUCCGCCGCCGACGCGGAAGGCCAAGGAGACGCCGGUGUUUGAGGAGCACCUGCCGGAGGGGGAACUCUCGACCAACAACCUGCAGCACAUUUCCGAGCGCGAGGGCGAUGACGGCGAGCACGAUCCAUCGGUGGACCCGUCGGCCGGGACCAUGUUCCUCGAGCGGUCCAAGCAGAGCCUCGAAAACGGCAUGACGAGGAAAAAGUCCCAGCACCAGAUCGCAGCCAGCCAGGGCAGCACAGGCGGAGGCGGCGGCGGUGGAGGCGGCUCCAGUUCUGCAGGACCACCCGUCCUCAAGAAGAGCAGCUCCUGCUCGACCAUCUACCUGGACGACUCGACAGUCUCCCAGCCGAACCUGAAGAACACGGUCAAGUGCGUCUCGCUCGCCAUCUACUACCACAUCAAAACGCGCACCAGCGAACGGCGGAUAGACAUCUUCGACGAGAAGCUGCACCCACUCACCCGGGACCCGGUGCCCGAAGAUUACGACGCGCACAACCCCGAACAUCGCCAAAUCUACAAGUUUGUCCGGACGCUGUUCAACGCGGCCCAACUCACCGCCGAAUGUGCCAUCAUCACGCUGAUCUACCUGGAACGGUUGCUCACGUACGCCGAACUCGACAUCGCACCCUGCAACUGGAAGCGGAUAGUCCUCGGCGCGAUCCUGCUCGCCUCCAAGGUCUGGGACGACCAGGCCGUCUGGAACGUCGACUACUGCCAGAUCCUCAAGGACAUCACCGUCGAGGACAUGAACGAGCUCGAACGGCAAUUUCUCGAACUGCUCCAGUUCAACAUCAACGUGCCCUCGUCCGUGUACGCCAAGUAUUACUUCGACCUGCGAACCCUCGCCGAAGCGAACGAACUCUCCUUCCCCACGGAACCCCUCUCGAAGGAGCGCGCCCAGAAGCUGGAGGCGAUGAGCCGCGUCAUGCAGGACAAGGCCACGGCGGAGGCGCUCAAGAACGGCAUGAAAAAGUGGUCCUCGAUCGACAACAUCCACCAGCAGGGCAACGUGCGGCGCAGCGUGGCCAUCCUGUCGUGAUUCGCUGUGGCGCUUUGCUAAGUCUCUCUCUCUUCUCGAAGUGCGCGUGUGUGGGCGUGCGUGCGUGCGUGGUGCUUUUCCUUCGUGCUUCACUGCGAGCGAGCGUGUGGUUGCGUGGUUUUUAGUGUAUUUAACAAAUUGCAAAUACAGCCGAGAAAGUCUAGUAACAAGGUUUUACUUUUUUAUCAUGAGCAAAUAACAACACAUAAAGUUUCAAUGAUAA